UCCUAAUUUCACCAGUUGCCUCAUGAUCAACACGUUCCGCAUCAACGGCCAACAGUUUAUCCUACUGGAAAUCAAAGACAAAUACAUCCUGGUAAUCAACAUCAGAGACCAUGGAAUAAUUCCAGGAACCAACCAUGGAAUAUGUCAGGUCCUCAACAACCACAUCCACAGCAACAACAAUAUCCACAGCAACAACAAUUUCCACAGCAACAACAAAAUCCACAGCAACAACAACAUCCACAGCAACAACAACAUCCACAGCAACAACAAAAUCCACAGCAACAGCAACAACCAGUGAUAUACUCUGGCCACAAAUAUCAACAGCAAGACAAAAAUGCAUCCAGGUUGUCAACGAGGUGGAGUUCCAUUAAGCCAUCUGCUACAAUGGAAAAUUUACAAUAUAUUCCUACACCAAUCGAAAGGAAAAUUGAAAGUGUCGAAGUACACGCAUCGACAGUAAAAUCUUGUUCUGAAGAAGAUUCUUCAGAUUCUGCUUCAACUUCUUCAUCGAGCUCGUUGAUCUCAAGACGAUCGGCUUCACCAUCUACGUCAAAAAAGCCUGCUUCGCCAAAACCUUCUACAUCAAAACCACCUGCUUCACAAAAACAACCUACUUCAACACCUUCUACAUCUAAGGCUUCGAAUGAAGCAAAUCAACUAGCUGCAGCGAUUGCUUCAAUUUCAAAGCCGCCACCACAAUCAAAAACCAUUAUUAUUGAUCAAGAUCAAGAUCAAGAUCCAUGUGUAAAGAAGAGAAGAAUUGGUCAUCAAUCAAAAAUCCCAACAAGUGGGAAGAGAAGAAAAUCUUCUUCUGAUAAACAAAAUCCUGAAAAAAAAGGAAAAUAAGUUUCUUCUCAGUUUGCUUUUUCAAAAUAAUUUGAUCUUUCUUUUUUAUACCUAAAAUGUUUUACACAUGGAUCUUGAUCUUAUUUCAUUUGAGGGUUCUAAAGAAAAAAUUUUAAAGUAUUGGUUCUUAAAAAAAAAAAUGUUUGUUUCAAACAUAGUUUUUGAUUUGCUAAUAUUCAACGUGUUUUUAUAAAGAAGACUUGAAAAAAUUCAGCAUUUAUUUAAAAAAAAAAUUACUUCUGUUAACAGCACGUUCAACAUUCAAA